AUGCAAUGCCGCUCACAGCGCUAUCGCCACAGCGUUUGUAUUUACGGUGUGGAAGAUUUUGCCUGGCUUGCCAAGCAUCCAAAGUUGAUCGCUAACAAGAUGAUGCCUUCGUUCGACUAUGGCGUUGUGGACUGUGUGCAUGAACUUAUAUUCAAUCGCACUCACCUUGGGCAAACCGAUCGCCUAUGGGACGUGAAGAUGUACGAAAGGCAGCCUCACGUGAGUGUAUUUGCUACAAUUCUGCUGGCAGAAACCUCAGGGAGGGGACGUUUUCCAAAGGUGGAAACCUGGGCGUACGAUGGCAAAAUGCAAUGCCGCUCACAGCGCUAUCGCCACAGCGUUUGUAUUUACGGUGUGGAAGAUUUUGCCUGGCUUGCCAAGCAUCCAAAGUUGAUCGCUAACAAGAUGAUGCCUUCGUUCGACUAUGGCGUUGUGGACUGUGUGCAUGAACUUAUAUUCAAUCGCACUCACCUUGGGCAAACCGAUCGCCUAUGGGACGUGAAGAUGUACGAAAGGCAGCCUCACGUAAGUGUAUUUGCUACAAUUCUGCUGGCAGAAACCUCAGGGAGGGGACGUUUUCCAAAGUCAUGUCAAUAUUAUGAGAACUACUGCAACGUCUUCUGA